AUGUCUUCCAGAACUAUGCGCGUAUUUUCUCUGUCUUCAAAUUGUUGGAACUUGCAACCACAGGGAAACAAAGGAAGGAAAAGAACUAACAAGAAUCUUCGAGGCCAAAUGAUGCUAUCACGUACUAGAACUGUUGCAUCUAAAUAUCCAAGGUUACUGGUGAGACAAUUGGCAACGGUAAAGGCUGCCCCAAAGGAAACUGACGUACUUAUUGUGGGAGGUGGCCCAGCCGGUUUAACCUUUGCUACUGCUAUUAAGACUUCCCCAGAAUUAAGCCACUUAUCUACAACCCUUGUUGAUGCUGGAGAUAUAAAGAACAAAGUGGGUUCUUUUUACGAUAAUCCUCCAGACUACUUUACCAAUAGAGUUGUCAGUUUAACCCCUAAAUCUUUGAACUUCUUGGAACAUCAUUUGAAAGUGAAACUAAUGAAUGAAAGAAUUCAACCGUAUGAUGGGUUAUACAUUACAGAUGGGUGCACUCCAGCCACCUUGGACCUUGAGAAAGAUUCAAUGCUGUAUAUGAUUGAAAUUUUAAAUAUUCAAUCAUCGCUAUUGAAAAAAAUGCAGGAGCAUAAACAUGGAUUAAAAUUGAUUGAUCAAACAAAAGUGGCUAAUAUUGAAUACACUGACCCCAAGGACCCUCAAUCAUGGCCUAUAGUUACUUUGGAUAACGGUGAAGUGUUCAAGACUAGACUACUUGUUGGUGCAGAUGGAUUUAAUUCCCCUGUAAGGAAAUUCUCUGGGAUUCAUUCAAGAGGCUGGUUCUACAACACAUUUGGGUUGGUUGCCACUUUGAAGUUAGAAACUCCACCUUUCAAAAUCAGAGGCUGGCAACGUUUCUUACCAACGGGACCCAUUGCACAUUUACCUCUACCAGGUAACAAUGCCACUUUAGUGUGGAGUACUGGAGGUGAAGCGUUAUCCAGAUUAUUAAUGUCACUUCCUGCUGAACAAUUCACCACUUUGGUCAAUGCAGCAUUUAUCCUAGAUGAUGCAGACAUGCAAUUUUAUUACAAACAACUAUCCAAGGGUGAAAUGACUACUGAAGAAUUGGUGAAGGAUGUGGCAUCCAGGAAAGAACAAGUAUUGGAGUCGUUAAAUGACGCUGGUGAUGACAUGUUUGUUGAUGAACAUUACCCACCUUUAGUAUCUGACGUGGUGGAGAAUACCAGAGCAAGAUUUCCCUUAAAAUUCUCACAUGCUGACACAUAUUGUACAGAUAGGAUUGCCCUUGUUGGAGAUGCUGCUCAUACAACCCAUCCCUUGGCAGGCCAAGGUUUAAAUAUGGGACAAGGUGAUGUUGAAGCGUUGGUGAGUGCUCUUGAAAAGGCAUCCAUGAGAGGAUUGGAUAUUGGAUCCAUGUUAUCCUUGGAGCCUUUCUGGGCUGAUAGAUACCCAUUUAAUUUAACACGUUUAGGAAUGGCUGACAAGUUACACAAGAUUUACCAUACUAAUUUCGAACCUGUUGUAGCAUUAAGAUCUUUGGGUUUGAAUUUAACUAACAUGAUUCCACCAAUUAAGGACAGAAUUAUGGAUACAUUAACCGGUAAGUACUAA